UGAAAUAAUAAAUUGAUGAAUAUUGCACAUAAAAUAAACUUCAUUCGAUACAUGUUCCGUGACAUGAAUACGUCCCCACCUGCAACACCGAUCCACGUCUUUCCACCUACUACUUUCACAACCCUCCACGUCCCGCAUCUUUUAGUUUUUUAUGCUUGCUUUGACGUAUACAGCUGUUAGCAGUUGUGUUUGGAUUUCUUGAUUCUUUGCGUUAUUUUUUUAGGGAUAACGAAAAUAUGUCAGGCCAAUGGGAAGUUGUUAGUAAGAAGAAAGACAGAAGUAGCAAAUUACCGGUUCCUAAAGCAGGGAAAACUGCGAAUCCAGUGAAUGGUUUGAAACAAGACGAUGUUGUUGUAGCACUGAAAUCACAAGCCCCAGGAGCACUGGGAAACAGUAACGAUAAUAAAAAGAAUCAGUCCGUUAAUAAAUCUAAGGAAGUGAAGAAAAGGAAAGAAAGACCACAGGACAAACCUAAGCCCCCAAAGUCUAUUGAAAGUGCCCUUAAUUCUAUUGAUGCAGAAUACUUUCAGUCCAUCUUCGAUAAGACCAAAAACCAGUUUCCUGAUGCCCCCAUUGUGUGGUUGAAAGAAUUGGUGUAUUUUUUGAAUCAAAAAUUAUCGCUCGACGUUCAGGAUGUUUUAUUUCUUUCGAAACCACAGGGUUAUCCACUCAGUAUUGUGCCUUCCGAGAUAAAAGCCGUCAUUGAAAAAGCAUUGAAAGAAGCCGGUAGAAGCAAUACGCAACUCUUUUUUGAUAUAUGUCUGUCUUCUAUGGCCACCGAUAUGGCCAAAGGGCUGCCCGCUCUAGGAUAUAAGCUGUUUUUGCAGCAAAUCGCAUUGAGCGAACCAAAAUUGGUUACUGAGAAUUUGAGUAAACACGUUGUUUUGAGGGUGUCCUACCAGAACAGACUGAAUAUUGGUUUGUCUAUUCUUUGGUGUGUGGGGCACGUCGGAUACAGUGAUUUCAACAGCGGAUUAUCAGUUUUCAAAGAUCUCUUCCUGCCACUCAUCGAAAUGAAGAGCUACUCCCGCUUCGUCUUGACCUACCUCCUCGACCUCGUCACCAACAAUAAAGACGUAACCGUGACAAAAGAAGACUUCCUCCUGCUCGUCGAUACAAUCUAUUCGACCAAAAAGACCCUCCCCGUGGAUCUCCUUCAGAAACUAUCGGGCGAGGUUCCGAAACUGAAACGUUUCCUCUUCAGCAAUACUAAAGAAAAGUACAACAACUACGUCGAGGUGGUCCUCAAAAGGAUAGUCGCCAACAGUAGUGAGCCGUACAGGAACUGCCUGUGCGAAUUGUUGAUCGAUAUCUUCCAAAAGGAUCAGACGACGCUAGCUAGCUGGGGGAAGGUUUACGGCAAAACUGUGGUGGCCAGCGCGGUUCUUCUGGAAUACAUAUUUAAUGAUUGGGACACUGUUUCGAAGAAAUUGAACAGGAACGCUCUCAAGAGCGUUUUGGACAGUUUCAAGUCAGCGAACGAUGAUCUCAACCUGAAAAAACGGAAAGAAGACGGACUCAAAGCCAGCAUUGUUGCUAUUCAGAAAAUCAACGACAAGAUGACUGCCAAAAAGAAGUCCAGUUUCCCACUGAAAACGGUAAUACUGAUAAUUUCUUUGGCGAUAGGAGGCCUGGUUUACUUCGAUAUCAAACAACACGGCACUUGGAAAGACAGCAUGACUCGCAGUACUCUGAAGGAGUAUCGUGUUUGUGAAUUUGCGUGCCUUGCCGUGAACAAGACAAAAGAGGGUUUCGGCUGGGUGGACGGUAGAUUUGAAGAGGCUUUCCCUGAGUACCACCACGUCGUGAGAUCUGUCUCAGAGCAGUACAUUGAGUUGCUCGUCAAUCUUGGGAAACUGGCCCGUAACGGGGCCUUAAACUUGAAGGAUGCUGUCGUGGAACAGUACCCCAUUGUGCUUCAGUCGAUUGAAGCCCAAGUUCCGGGUCUAAUAGAGCAGUCGCAGAAUGCUAUGAGCAAUGUUUAUUCGUAUUCUAUUCACUACUUCAAUAGAAGUAUUGAUUUUCUCAGAAAAGAGGUUUUUGUCGGACAACUUUCUCCUGAAAACGUUCAGAAAGUGGUAGUGGAUGCCUUGAAUACAACCCAACAGAAAGCGGCUGAAUAUUAUCACUGGAUCUAUGAAAAAGUUCAGACGAGCAUCAGAUGAAUUUAGCUGUUGCUCGAUUUUUAACCGUUUAAUUCCUAGACCGAUUUAUUCUCACUUUUUACCAUUGCAUUUAAUUGUUUUCAUUAGAAUCUAUGAAUUUUACGGUUAUUUUCAACAAGUAAAAGGAGCUCUGGAGGAUAGCCCAGUCAAUUUUAUUAUUGAAUAGUAGUCCGGGGAUGUUAGCGUUACCUUCGAACCAACUGAAACGUAAUUUUUGGUUUUGAUGAAAGAAUUUGUAGAGAAGCGAAAUUUUUCUGGUUUUGUUUUGUUGGUUCGCGACUUCAUUGUUGGUAUUUGAAAAAGGAGCUCCAAACUGUAAGGCUGAAUUUCUCGUAUGGAUACUUGAAAAAGUCGUCUGGUCAGUAGAGUUGAUUAAAAACUACUAAAUUUUGGUCUUUUCGCAAGAGUAUUUGAAGAUGUUAUCAAAACUUCUCGAACGUGGGUACGUUUUGUUUAGGCAAGUUGAUCCUUCUUUUUUUUGGGUGUUAACUUUGAGUAUUUUUGUGAAGACUAUAACUUUUUAUACUUUUUUUACGUUUAAUUGAAAUAAUACAAUAUCGAAAUUGCGUUAAGGUCAGUUUGUGGAGGGUGGUAGUAAUUGACAUUGAACGUACGCAGAAAUUGGUAUGAUGAUGAAUUUUAUUCCACUUUUUAUACGUUAGUUUGUAAGAUCAAAACGUGUAUUUUGAAUUUGUUAAUAUAUUUUGUUAUUACGA